AUGAACACUACUACUACCGCCAUCAAAGCAGCGAUCUGCAGACCGCAAAGCUAUUGUUGUCUACUGAAAUCUGCGUUUUUUCAUUCUACUCCAGUCUUAGAACGCAAACGUCGUUCUUCGGAGUCGGACGGCGGUCUUUUCACAACAUGUAAAUCAAAUGCUCAAAAGAAGAAGAGAAGUAAGAAGUUUUUGAGGGAACAUCAAGAAGCAGUGCGUCGUGCUGUUGAACAACUUAAACAAGAAAGAGAAGAGGCCACCAAGAAAGCCAAAGAAGCCAGAGAAGCCGAACAAAAAAAGAAGGGCAAACACGGCUCAAAAAGGCGUUCUGUUUCCUGCGAUGACGACUUUGAAUAUAUAUUCCAAAACUUAUUUACUAAAUCCAGAGAUCAUUAUUAUUCAACCUAUAGAGAGAAGGAACGUCACUGGUGGUAUCAGUCUUCAUGGUCUUCUUAUUACUCUAGCAACUCUUGGAAAUCGAAAUAUAGAUUUUAUGAAGGAGGCGAAGAAGAAGAAGAAGAGAUAAACGAAGAAGAAGAAGAUGAAGAGGCAAAACAACAAGAUGAUGGCUAUAGUUCAAGAAAAUCAAGCGGCUCAGUGCCAGAGUCAAUCCAAUUCCAAGCUUCUCAUAGACAAACACUUGGUUUGAGUCCUUGGGGUCCCUUAAAACUAGAAGAUGUCAAACAAGCAUAUCGAACUUGUGCAUUAAAAUGGCAUCCAGAUCGUCAUGAGGAAUCUACCAAGGCAGCAGCUGAAGAAAAGUUCAAGCUCUGCACUGUGGCUUAUCAAUCUUUACUCGAGAAGCUAGCAGUCAAAUAA